AUGGAUAACCCAACCCCGGAUAUCAACCUAUUCCCCACGCCCAAUCACCCUCUUCUGCAAAGGAUCCUUGAGGAUGGAACCGCGACUACUUCCCCACCCACCGCGCUCGUAUUCGUCUCCAUGAUUGCCCAACGAAUACGCCAUCGCAGUGAGCCCGAUGUUACUCCUCUCCAGUUCAGUGGGUUCAAGGGUUCGAAUGCCAUUGGUCUAAAUUGGGUUAGAAUCCUCGAAAGAACUCAACCGGACAGGCGCGCCCUUGAGCUCACCGUCUACCAUCUUGAUCUCACCACCAUGCCCGAGGACAUGUUUAAGCUUCUCCUCCCAUUAUUACUGCAUAUCAUAACCGAUAAGCCGAGUACAACGGACUUCCAUGCCCUGCAUGUCUUUGUUGAAGAAGUACCAAGGCUGGCCGUGAUGGCGUGGCAAUGGCUACGAGACGGCCCAGGCGCACAAUAUCUCAACAUCCACUUCAAGCCCUCGCAGGUCUACCCAGAUUUCAAGACAGCCCACAACAACGCAGAGCAAAUACGGCUCAACCGCAGAGCCAGCAACAUGACCGGUACCAAACAGAAGACCUACUUUUACAACUUUAUAUCAGAAUGUCAUUGCACCGGAUGCAUCGCAAUGGCAAGCCAGCUUGGUUUAUUCAAUGUCAUAGGAUACGACAUGUACGGAAAAUCCGCUCUUCAUGCGGCAAUUGAAGCAGUCCCAUUAUUCCCGGGCAGCGAAGGAGGCCUGGUACUAUGGUUGCUUGAUGAAAUUCUGAACGCCGGGGUCGAUCCCAGACAUAUGCCCACAAGCAUCGGGGGAAUGUCCAUCCCACACCAUGUGGCGCGUAUGAAAGACCCACAAGUGUUUAUGGCGAUGGUCCAAAAGUUCUCAUCGAAAGGCUUCCCUAUACUUCUGUGGAAUGAUGAUGGUCUCAAGCUCCAGUUGUGUAGCUUCGCUUCUCGAUACAUGGCUGAAUGGCUGUGGCGGUAUGAAAAAUUCAAUAUUGCAUAUCUUCCUAGGAACACCCUUCCCUACCGUCUUCCGCCAGAGGGUGAUCCUAUUUAUGAUAAUUUACCGCUUCAUCACCUGUGGAACCGGGAUGCUGAAUAUGGUGACCCUAUUGAUCAUUCCUUUUUCGAUGGCGUACCUACUAGGGCCGAUUUUGCUAUCGCUUAUGUGAAUGACCCAGAUAUUCCUCCUAGGUUUGGUGAACGGCCUCCUGUCCGUAGGCACCCAGGGCCUGCGCCUAGACCUCCAGGAGGGCAGGAAGUAAACCAGGGUAAUAACCAGGGGAAUGACACAAACGACGACGAUAGUGAAAGCGAGGAGGAAGAAGAGUACUAUCCCACUAGGUCUCCCAGUCCCCAGAGGACACCCAGCCCGAAUCGCUCAGAUCCACCCAAUUGGAGCUCGGACGAAGAGCACAUCAAUGAUCGACGGCCCGAUACAUCUCGAACAAUCUGGCACCGGGCAAUUGAGAACCCGAACGGUUCUGAUAUUAUGAGAUGGCUCAAUGAACAUUCGGACGUGUCACCAAGGACAAGGACUAAUUUCAAUAGACGCAACCACCCCGAGAGCAUUACGCCUCUACGCGCUGCCGCCAAAGGAAACCAGCCAGCAACUAUCAAAUGGUUCUGUGACCAAUACGGGUUCGGGGAAUUAGCACGCACAGACGCAGCACUUUACGCCGCGCUCAAUAUGAACGCCAACUGUGUGCAGAUUCUCGAUAUCGUCCUGUCUCGUCUUGACAGAGAAGCCUGGCGUGAUGCCGAAGGCGUCAAAAGAAUCUAUUGGUACAUCAUCAUCGCGUACAAUCGAGCCCAUAUGGAGUCGACCACAGAGCUGCCGCGUGGAUCGGAAAGAGAGACAAGGACGAGCAGGUUGAGAGAGGCCACAAAGGAGAAACUUCGCGUGCUCAAUCAGAGAUUGAGACCGUUUUGGGAUACUUUCCGAGAGUCGGUUCAAAUUCACUGGCUGCUUCGGUUCGCUGAGCUACAAGAGGAGACAUGGAUUAGACAAGGUGUCCUUCAGCUUGAGAUCGAAAGGUCUUUCACCGAUGACUUUGAACAAGGUGCUGCGUUUUGGCGUGCUUCGUAUGGCCAUGGGCUGGUUACCAAUCGGUAG